UUGUGCCGAAGACCCCCCCAGGCCCAGCCGAGAGGCAAAUAUAGCAAAGGCAGAAAAGAAGGCCACAGAGGUUAUCAAGGCUAGAAGGUCUAGGGAGGCUAAGUCAGGGGUGAAAAAACUAAGCCGCCAAGUAGUUGGUAUGUUGGCACUGCCUCAAACUCUAACUCAAACAACCAGUUACAGUGUCCUGCCAGCUAUCAAGAAGGGCACUAAAGUUACCCUCCAGUCCUCCAGCUCCCUCUCCCUCUCCGAUGACAACAAGGAGGCACUAGGGGCCGUCUGCCAGGUCCUGACCACCAGGGUGGGAGACAUCCUGAACAGUACCUGCAACAACGAUUACAAGGCCAGACUCAUCAUCCAGAAAGGAUUGGAUUCCGGUGCCAGGGAAAGGUUCCCUGACUCUCUGUGUUCCUCUUCACCCAAGGACGAAGAGGAGGUGGUUGUAAGUGUCAUGACUGUCUCAUACCCUAAGCCCUCCACCUCAACCCAGGCAGCAUGGGCAGCUCCUGCCCAGACUCUGGAAGAAGAGGUGGGGGGGGCUGAGGUCUCCGAGAUGAGCUCCCUGAUGCCCACCAAAAACAGGCAGGACCCCCUGGAGAAGAUUCCCUCCCUCCUACCAGGCAAGGAGCACAUCCUCCUUUGCAGCACUCCCUGGGCCACCGUCAUGAGCCCCCAGACUCUGAAGUUUAUUCUCCACGGCAUCAUGAGGGCCAAUGACCCCUUCAGGCUGAUGAAGGAUCUCUUUGUGGAGGUCCAGCAUGCCCUGAAGUAUGCUGACAUCUCUGUCGUCUUUGGCCUGGAGGAGAGCAUCCAAUUCAGUGGGGAGGAUGCGGUGAAGGCCAUCGUGAAGACUGCGGCUAAAAGAUUGUCCUUGCGUUCGGACUCCAACCGGGCUCAACUGCGUGCCGCACGCUCUGGUAGUGAGGGAGCCAUCAGGUGCAUGGCGGACACCAUCACACAAGUCAUAGAUGACUAUUCAGAGGACUGUAGUUCCGAUGGCCAUUUUGGAGCCAGGAGGAGCCGUGGUAGUGGGAGGUCACACUCCUCAAGGAGUGACGUCACCCUCACCGAGGAGCUCCUGGCUUGGAGGGAAACCCUAGAAGAGGACCGAGAGGAGAUGGCUGAUGACAGCACUGGUUUGGAAAAGACCAGUGUAAGCUCAGCCAUCUCUGAAAAGUCCCAGGUUAUUAGCUACCUUUCUGAAAGCACCAAGCCCAUCAGCAGCGCCCUCUCCACAGACCUCGAGGACAUCACCUCCACACAGAAGAAAGAGAAGGAAGAGGCUAUGAAGAAAGAAGUGAGGAAGUCAGGAAAGAAGAAGCGAGGAAAUAACAAGAACCAGAAGAAGAACAAGGUGUCUCCUCUUGGCAAUGAUAGUACUGUGGCUGCAGAUGAGCCUAAGAAAAAACAGGCUCUCCUCCCCCGGAUCACAGCCGCCCUGGCAAAACUAUUUUGCUUCCCCUUCAAAAAGAAAAUGCAAAGACGAUCAGCAGAGGCCUGCCCUGUGCUAAAAGUUCCACUCCAUUAUCCUGCUGACGCUGAGAUACUGGGAGCAACUCCAUGA